AUGACAAUCACUACAAUGCCAAUAUCAACGUCAUUGGAAGAUGAGUCUCAAGAUGUGAAUGAUUUCUUGCAACGGAUAAAGGAAAUUGGUCAAAGAAGAGAUCAAGAAGAUGAAGAACGUAACAGAAAGCUCGAAGAAGAUAUUAUUCAAGGCAGAAGAGAACGACAAGCCCGUCGGGCAGAGCGUGCACGAUCAAUCUCUCCUAUAAAAUCAUCACCUGCCACGACGCCAAAUCUAGAUCGGCUGUCCAUGUCAUUAAAACAAUCCUUUUCUGAAUCCUUACAAUCUGCCUUUCUAAGUAACAAUGAACUUCAUCAGGAAAAAAAUAUACCAAAUCUAUCGGCAGACGAAGUCCUAGGUUCAAAAAAAUCAAGCUCGAUUAUCUCCGACGAAUGCGUUCCAGUAGAGCCUGGACUGCGUGGAACUCCGAGUAUUUCAUCAAUGUCAAACACUAUUCUUUUAAGGUCACCAACCUUGUCUUGGCAGCGAAGACCCAGUUCUCAGGCUUCUGAAAAUCAAUAUAGCCGAAAAUCAUCGGUGAAAGAGUUAGAAAUGGCCACCAAGUCUCCAAGCACAACACCUAGCACUUCGCCUAUCCGUACAGCCGAAUUUACACCAGGAGUGACCUCUAAAAUCUCCAACUCCAAAGUUCUGACAAAUUCCCAACCCGAAUCUAGCUAUGGAAUCAACUCAAUACCACCCAGAGAAGUCCAGCUCAAGGAAGAUAGAAGUGAAACAAGUUCAGUAUAUAUGGAGACUAGUAAUGGGAUAAAUCAUGAUAAAUUACAAGAAGAACCAGAAUUAACUGAUCUACCAGAUCAUUCGAACCCAUUGUCUAGAUAUAGUUCGAAUGACAAUGGCUCGAGUUCUCUGAACAUAGUAAAAAAAUUACUUCCUGACGAAAUCAAAUCUCCGAUACAUUUGACCACUGCUCAAACACUCAUCCCUCCAAGUGAACCUAAUAUCGAGGGCCGUAAAUUUGCAACUUCAAUGCCUCAGGGACGCAUAUCUCCCGAAAGACUCGACCGAUCUAUGUCACCUACUAAGGGUAUGGGAGGUUUCGUACAGAGUGCAAUGAUGAAACGAUCAGACAGCGUCAACAAAAGAUGGAGUGUUCAAUCAUCCCCCGCCCCAAGUAGAGCAGAAUCUGAAUUGAAUUUCCGUGAGGCAAUUAGUGCUAACCGAGACAAUCAUUCAAAUAUUAUUUCCAAGCCAGGCUCGACAAAAGAUGAUAUUAUCAGUACUCAGGAAAGAUCAAACCCACCAUGUACUACAAGAAGCUUCAUGAACAUCUCAACAGCGCCAAAAGAUGCCACAAAGACUUCCAUCCCUAUUAUGAGAAGCAGUACUUCGCAAGGAUAUUACUCUGGGACGCAGAAUGCAUCAGAGUUGAAGCAAAAGGAAACAACACCACCGUCUAGCCCAACAAAAUCUAUAGAACGUAGAAGAUGGAGCCCUACAAAAUCGAGCUGGCUAGAAGCAGCUUUAAACAAGCCAGAUUCGCAGCCAAAGCACAAGGCAGCAGUACCGCUACACCAACCUACUUGGAAAUCAGAAUUAAACAGAGCGAAGAAUUCAUUAGUUAAUGAUAAUUCCCGUAGCCAAGUAUCAGCUCCAAAGCAUGAAGUCAAUAUUGGUGGACUCAUGAGGUUACCUCCAAUGGGUAGCUCCGCAAAACCGCCAACGGCAAUGUUUCCAACGGGACUCCCGACAGGGUUCACAAACAACAUGUACAAACCACGUCCUAGGAAUUCUAUUUCUCUUGACCGUUUAGAUGCCUCAUUUUCAAUGGCAAGCUCGGAUAGCUCUACUACUAGUACAUCAACACCUACUAAAGUUAAAUCAAGAAUCGACAAAUCUCCUUCUAUAGACUUAACUGCGGGCUCAAAAUCUCGAGAUACUUCAAAAAGCUCUACUGCUAACGGGUCUGACUUGAAAAAUGUGUUUGUGCAACUUCGCCCCACGAAGACCCAGAAUUAUGUUGCUCCAGAUGAGCUCAAAAAUAAUAUUCUACGAGGAAAAGCAGCUUUAAUAUUAACCAACGGUCCACAAAAGAGCGAAAUAAGGGAUGGAUUUAAAGAAGCUAUAUUGAAAAAAAAAGAAGACUUCAACAGGGCACAACUAGAAGGAAGAGGUGUAGCAAAUAAGCCAGUCAGCAACAAUGUGAAAAGCCUUCCAGAGGCUCUCAUCAAACGAAAAACUCUAGGAAGAUCUGGAUCUACAUCAGAUUUACCAAUUAUAUCGCAACAUACAGUAAAUCAACGCCUCAACCCAUUCAUGAAUAGUCCAAAAAUUACUAGUAAAUCCUGUUCUGGCGAUGAAAUAUAUGAGAAAUCUCCUACCAGAAUAUGUUCGGAUCAAGUUGGAUUAACAGCUCGAGAAUCAUCCUCAUCGGAAAAAAUUAACGAUAGAUUCCCUAGUCCCACCUCUGAACAUCCUACUAUAACCGAUAAAGACUCUAAUGUAGAUGUCUCAAUCUCAUGCCCACCGCUGGUUCAUCUGACCAAGAUGAGAGCUCGUGGACCGCAUCGAAGAGCGCCAACAGGCUUGCAUGCGCUAUUCACAACAGUCGAUGCUUCAACCUUAUCUAGGAUGGGGUCUACAUCUGAAAUCCAAACAAACGUAGGGCUAGAUAAUUUGACACCAUAUUCUUCAAUUCAAGGUGUUAUCAAAAGUUCAAAUAUAAAGCAAUCACUCAAAGAAUUUGAUGCAGUUAGGGAGGAGUCAUCUUUUCAACGGCUUCCAGAAAAAAAUCAUGAUCCGGGUAUUCAUUCAACUUUGCCAGGCCUAGAACCUCCUGCUAAUGAGGAUAGUUCCCUCGGGACUCCCUUAAUUCCGCAACAAGAGCAUAUUAAUAAGCAGGGAGAAGCUGAAGCACAAUACAAAUCAAUAUUACCUUCAAAAUUAGAUCAGGUAAACUACGUCGAAAUUUCGCCUUCUGCCUCCACAGAAUAUGUAAAUUUACAGCAACCCUCAAUAUCCCAGAUUGACAAUUUAAUGUUUGAACCGCAGAAAAGAACUGUCAAUCUAUCUGAAAUUCAUCAGCGAGAGCAGGUAGUCAAUGAUAAUGCCGGACCUUUCUUAUUUUUGGAUAGUGAAGCUACUAUAAGUUGUAGAAGACCCUCAUCAAGUCUUGAUAGUAGCUAUGAAUUAAUUUCUGACGAUAAAUAUAUAUCUAGAGACCAAAUUCAAGCCACAACUAGUGUUGAUUUUUUGCCUGAAAGUUUAGAGCAUGAAAAGACCAUAUCGUUAUCUCAUAGUCAUAAUUCGCUUUUGUCUCCAAAAAUUAUUAAUUCGUCUCCAACCGCAUCCAUAAAAAAUUCAGAGCCCCAUGUAAUAAGCAACUUUGAUAAGCAAGCGCUUGAAGUUUCUGAUGCGCCAAGCAUUAUCACCGAUUUUUUCAGCGAGAAUAUUCCACACAAAAUUUUCAAUCUAGACAUUGUAGAAACACUCUCUUCGUACACUGAUUUUGCGCUCAAUAUAAGAACCUUAGAAGUAGAGACAUUUCAAAUAUCUAACAAUGGCAAGAAGCAACAGGUUCCAAAUCAUCAGAAGCGAAUACUUUUUGAAGAGAAUCAAUAUUAUUAUAUUCAUAAAUUUAUGAACGAGACUGGUCAGGUUUUCAUCAAAGCUUACUGGUGGAUCGGUGGGCAAGUUCCUAUGAUCCUGGUCGAAGAGGCUGAGAAAAUUGCUCACACAGAAUCCCGGACUGCUGGAGCUGAGCUCCAUAUACUGCAGCAGGGUAAAGAAACUGCAGAAUUUAUAUUCGCACUUGAUGGAAUCAUAAUUACUCAUCGGGGGUCGUCUCAUAAAUAUGACUCACUUGCGCCUCGUGUUCUAUGUGGACGAAAGUAUAUGGGUCAAAUCGUUUUUGAUGAAGUUGACUACUCUUUGCGGAGCCUAUGUUCUGGCUUUCCUUAUCUUAUUUCAACUAAUUCUGGGAAAUGUUACUUAUGGAAAGGUAAAGGCUCCAGCGUUGACGAAUUAAGUUGCGCAAGAUUAGUGGGUAUGGAAUUUGGUCUUACCGGCGAGAUUGAAGAGAUUGAGGACGGCAAGGAACCCCCAUCAUUUAUCCGGCUAUUUAAUGAGGAUAUAGAAAUCUCCAUCUCAGCUAGCUAUUGGGAGAUGAAGCCAAAAUGUUGCAGAUACCGGGUACGUCUCUUCGUAUCUAGUGCAGAAUCGAAAGAUCAGGUGAGUAUUCAAAUCCUUCUCCCCCCAGAAAUAAGUUAG